UAUAACAUGGCCGCUCAGUGGUGUUCGUAGUGAUGUCUGUAGCCCUCUCAAUCAUGAACUGAGCUGAAGAUCAUGUUUUUUGUUAUGAGCGAGUUGCAAUAUUGCUAGAAAAAGAAACCGAAAAGGAGAAAUAAGAAGAUGAAUGAAGUGAUACAAUAGUUUUAACGGAAAACUGAGGAUUUCGAACAGGCAUGACUGGCGUAUUGCUGUUUUGUUAAUAUCAGUAUGGCAUCCAAUAUUUGUGACGAUCUUUCUGUAAGCAUGGAAUGUUGGAAGUCAACACUUAAGAUAGACGCCUUUCCACGGAUGGCGUAUCUGCAUAGAAAACUUCACGGAAAAUUGGAAACAUUCAAAAGGUCAUUACCACCUGAACCGAAACAACUUCGGGAUGACCUUGUUUCUGUUAUAGACAAUAUGUUCUACCCAGCAACAAUAUUUGUCAUCAAGAAAACAAAGACAGGCGGAUCAAAUGAUGUUGAGAAUUUCCUAUCAAACCACAUGCGUAUUGGAGCAGGGGCACCAAGCCGUUGCUCUAAUGCAGAAAUGUGUAAUAAUAUGCAGUGUAACCGCAACCCUUCUGUGUUUGUGACAUUGUUGUCAGGAUGUGGAAUGACAACGGAAUGUGAAGAAGUUAUUAGACUUCUGAAAGCAUCUUGUCUCAACGAGAAAUGUUUACGAAAAAUGCUGUUCGUUAUUGACGAGAAGGUCACGUCAAGGUCACAGAUGUACAAAUACGUGGAAUCCUUGAUCCCAAAUAAUCCAGAAAUGAGUUUCUCUGAUGAAUGCAGAGGUUCCAGAAUCUUCCAUAGCCAUGACAGAAUGCUACUCAAGUUAAUAUCCAGAUAUCUUGAGAACCAUCUUGGCAGCGAGAUCGACCACCUGUACUCCCUAAGCAAGAUGCAAUUUUGGCGACAGGAUGACGAGAAGGGCUCCAAGGAAAGAGUUCGAGGAAAAAUCAUUGACGUUUUCAAUUCCACCCAUGACAAGUUAUAUGAUUUGGCAAAACAGGUGACCUGUAAACAUCCUGCUGAAUGUACUAAACACCAAAUAAAUGCAUGUUUGGGAAGUAUUUUACCGCAAUAUGGUUUGCUCGUUACUAAGCAGGCAUUGCAAAAUGUUUGCUCUGAGGAAAAUUACGUUACAGAAAAGCAAAUGCCUUACAAAACAUUUUGUUCACUCAGAAGCUAUGUCCUACUGGAAUACCUAUCUGGAACCUCCUCCAGCAUGUUUAGUGGCAUUGUCACGGGCACCUUCAUUUGGUCUGGGAAAGACAUACGUCAAUCCAAUUAUUGUGUUAGUCCAGACGCAAUAGCUGAUCAGAUCAUCAGUAUUGUUGUCAAAGAUGGACAACGUAUUUCUACUGCGAUGAGCAACGAAAUUCAACAGGCGGCUAGAGAUUGUAAGAAGUACAUUGAAAUAAUUGAAACAACGCAAGGAGUACAAGAAAUCUACGACUUGUUCAACAAAGUUGUAUCUGAGCGAUACAGUGAUGACGUACAUAUCUGUGCCCAAAUCUCACUCUCUCGAAUACCUGGGUUAAAAUCCUUUGGCUACUGGAAAAACGAAUUUGAAGUCAGCGUUUGCGAAGAAAGAUGGAAGGAUAAGAUACAAAGCUUAAUCAAGAUACUUCAUGACGCAAUUCGUGGGGAUGAAAAAGCAUGUAGCGUAGGUAUUGAAAGACGAAACAUUCAUUUCAGGUCAAGUGAAAGGGACUUGGAGCUCCACUUGUUUACGGGAGAGUCUGGCAAGGAAUGUUACGGAUGUGUAACUCUUUUUGGACAAAGGAUAAUGGACAGCCGUCUUGUGUGCUUCACAUGCAAGCAUGUGGUCACCAAGAAAAAUGCUUUCGUUAAGCUGUUCAGCAAUCUUUGUGAUCACACACAGGAAAACAGCCAACCCUGUAACUGUGUAGUUUUAACGGGGACUUGUAUUCAUACUCAUGGCGUUGAAGACAGCAACCAGCUGAGUGAUGGUUUCGUAGAUAUCUCCUGCAUAAGUGUGAAUGGCUCUUGUGAGGUAGACACCAGUAUACAAGGACCGAACCCCGGUCGGAAAAGGGUUAUUUGCGGUUUUGACGAAAAUUUCCGUUCGCGACGCGGAAUGGAUGUUUACAAAAAAGGAGAAGAAAACUACACAGCUUAUGGGAAGUACAUAGAUGUCAUGUAUCUGACACCUAAUGAAGAGGAAGAAGACGGUGGCGAAAAUGGAAUAUGGGAUUGUGGUCAAGACCAUAGCGUCAACAUCCCAUUCUCUGACGGCCCUCGAAGGAUUGAUAUCAUAGAAGAGACGGAGGACUCGGAAGUUUCCUUUGGAAAUCAUGGGCAUAGUGGCGGCUUGGUUUCCUUCGUUAGUUCGAAUGGAGACACGGACGAAGUGUCACCUGCGUUUGUCUAUGUAGGGAAAUGGCCUGAUCAUGAGAAAACGUACAUGUGCUACAGACUGCACGAGGCAAUCGAAUGUCUCGCACUGAACAAUGCAUCAGCCCAGUUUUGUCUCUGUUUCGAUGACAACAAUUACCAAGAUAUUCACAUGGGAAAUGAAUGACGACGACGAUAUGUAUCUGGAUAUUAGACUCCAGACCAAAUUUUUCGGACCAAAAUAACAAAUCGGGCGAACAAUAUUUGGAAAAAUUGGGUCUAGCUGGCAUCUGUAAGGGGCUAAUGUGUCCAGGAGAUGAUUGUAUUAUGUUGACUAGAGUAUUUCGACUUUGUCAAGUGUAUGCAUGUCUCAGUUUGAUACUUUCCUUAAUUUAGACUGAGUUUUGCUUACAUUUAAUUUUUAAAAAAAAGAUUAAAAAAAACAGAAUCUAAUAGGAAUUUACAUUAGGUGCAUUUUGGAAGGAACAAAACAACAAUUUGGAUGAUUUUUUAACUUUUCAUCAAUAUCAUGCAGUUUCUCCAAACUAAUUACCCAAUGUGCAUCAUAUCACUUGAAUGACCAUAGAUAAUUAAUUAUCGGGGCUAGUUCACCGAAAAUUGAAAAGGACGGCAGCUCUAAGAUUGUUCAGCGGGUUUCGCCACGUUGUUGUCUCUUAAUUAAGAGAACAUUCAUGAUUUGCUUAUUGCAACUACUGCAUUACAUGCCUCUACGAUUUUGUUUUCGAUUUUGCAUUUACACAUUUUAAUGAUAGAUGCUUCUCGGUAUGAAAAGAACAAUAGGAUCGUGUUUAUUAAACAAUUCAUAUAUUUUUCGGGCAUCUGAUACAGUAAUGGACAUCGGGGUAAUCAAUACAGCAUCAAUAUUUCUAGUAGCUCAAUACACAGAAAGUGAGCUUUGAUGGGGGCCCGGCGUCUGCACAACAGUAGGGGCCGCAGGAUGAUCUGAAAGGGGAUGGGCAUUGUCCUGGUGUCCUUUAUGUCCCCUAAACAAAACAAACAAAACACAGCAAAAGCCCGACGCUCGAGUCUCUGUAAGUGAACCUACGUGCUUCGCCUCUUUCGAUAAGCGAGUCGUUGUUUUACACGGUAUUUGAUAUGGUGCCAGCGAACCUUUGCCGUGAUACUUUUUGGCAGUGUUAACCAAAUGGUGACGUAUAUUGUGAUUAAGGAAAUCCUAGACGGACGUAUAUUGUUGUUUUGAACCUAUUAUGAAUGGGUUUUUUCAGUAAUGUCUGGUAUAGCGUAAAAUUGUACUUGCUGCACUCAUGAUUCGUAAGACGAUUAGAUUUGAAAUUCUAUCAUGUCUAUUUAAGCAACCAUUUACUUUUUAUAAUCUUACUUGGCACUGCCGCCUCACUUUCUGCCUCGGAGGCGACUGUUCGUUCAUGUGAGGAAAGCUAUAGGUUUUGCUGUCAGGCCGUGAAAUACUAGUUAUUAAAGUGGCACUGAAUGUUCACUGAGUACCUUUCAUUACUGAGAGCAAAGAAACAUGGUUGAGUUAGUCCGUUAUAGGUUGGUACAAUGGGCCGUGAAUAAAACGGUCAUUGUGACAUUUCAGUAUGAUAACAUUAUAAUGGGUCAAUAUUCAAGUAUGUCCUUAAAUCACUUUUUUUGCGAUGACAUGAGGUUUAACAGCAACAGCAGAACGACUAAUCAGUAAUAAUGACAUGGAUUUUGUAUGGAAACCAAGUGUUGGAAUAUGUCUCAUGGUCUCAUUUCAUAGAUAGAUUGUUUGCAUAAAACCCAGUGAUGAAAUAGGUUUCAUGAUGAUUUCAUAGAACCUAGCGAUGGAUAUAUUUGUCAUAAUGAUGACAUUGAUUGUUUCUAUAAACCCAGUGAUGGGAUAUAUUUGUCAUAAUGAUGACAUUGAUUGUUUGUGAUAUAUUUGUUAUAUUGUUUGUGAAAAUCCCAGUAAGUCGUGUGACCUGUUUCUACCACAAUAAUAUCGGCUUGAAUCAAAGGGAAACCUGACCAAGUAUUAUUUUGCAUAUGCAAAUAAGGUGUAACGGUGAAGGCCAGGACCCGGUGAUGUGACGUCAUUCGAAUAUUGAUGACGUCUUUAACAAUUGCAUGUCGGGUCAAAGUUCGAAUUCUUGACCAAUCAAAAGACCGGAAGGUCAUAUUCCACUAGUGGAAUAGAACAUAAUAUAUAUCGGCACAUUUAUAAAAUGACUUGAGAGAGCGUAUUGUGAUAGAAAUUUGUCAUAACGAUGACAUAGAUUUAUAAAAACCAAGUGAUGGUAUUUGUUUGUAAUAAUGAUUUCAUAGAUUGUAUGAAAACCGAGUUAUCGGAUUUGCUUUGUCAUAAUGUUGACAUAGAUUGUUUUGUAAGAAAACCUAGUGAUGAGAUAUAUUUGUAAUAUUGAUUAGAUAUAUUGUUUGUAUGAAAACCCAGUGAAGGGAUUUGUCUGUCAAUAAUGCAGACAUAGAUUUUUUGCUUGAAAUUACAGCUAUGGAAUAUGCAUGCUAUUAUGCUAACAUUUUUUCUGGGUUUUUUUCUUCUUUUUUCUCAUUAAAACCCAAUGAUGAAAUUUGUUUGUCAUAAUGCUGAAAUGGAUUGUUCGUACAAAAACCCAGUCACGGGAUGUAAUUGUCAUAAUGCUUUGCUUAUACUAUGUAAAAAAUAUUAAUUUUGAAUUGUCUCUUGAUGAAGCUUGAGAAACCGUAUGUGUGUAAUCAUCCAUGGCGAUUAAGGCUUGAUUGACAAUUUGAUAAAACACUAAUUAUCCUAAUGCAUGAGCUACAGCAUAUGUAUUCGCUUUUGUGAAUUAUAUAUAUAUAUAUAUCUUAUCAUUUUGAUGAAUUAUAUAUAAUCAUUUAUUUUACCUUUGUUUUUGCAAAAAAUAAUAUUCAAUAAUGUAUAUCUUCGUUUUGGAAAGUAUGAAAUUGUGCAUUGCAUUCUAACACAAGGCGAAGUCGAAAUGAUGCCACCUACCACAUUUAUAUGCCUAAGAGAAUUAAUGAAGGAUUUGGUGAACACCCGUUCUAUCGGGAGAUCAAUUCUGGAUAACUUGUCUCUUACCAGCAUUAGAUGUGUUAGCUCUAUAUAUAUUUAGUGUAUUGACUAAAUACCGUCAAAUCUCGAAGUCGGAAGGACCAUAAAAACUUAUUAGAUAUCGUGUGUGUAUAAGGUAACCAAGUAUAACAUAUUUAUAUAUAUAUAUAUAUAAUUGUAUAUAUAUAUGUAAAUUCUCGGAAUGUUAUUUUUCGGUCGAGUUAAAAGGGGUCUUCGAAUUAUGAGAGUUCGAUAUAACGAACAUUUACAUUAAGCAUGUAACUGUUACAUUAUAUGUAAUUUUUUUUUCUGCUUUUUUUUAAAGAGAAAUUAUCGUCCAUUUCAUUAUUUCAACGAAAAAUACAUAUUUUGGCUUUAAAUAUUUGGUUAAAUCGACUAAAAUAUGAUGAUUGUUCUUGGUCAAAUGUCUCAAUUAUUAUAACGACGAGGUGAAUGGUCAAAAUUGUAUAAUAAGGCACCAGCCUUAUUUAUUACAAGAUUUUGGUGGUCAUUGGUCAAGGUUAAAGGCCAAAGGCUGCAAUUGCACGUUUUCAAAAAACGGUAAAUAUGGUAUCCCAUGAACCUCAGAACAGAUUUAUUUAAUUGAUGAGGGGGUGGGGAUUUAUUUUAUUGGUGAGGGAAUGGGGAUUGAUUUUAUUGGUGAGGGGAUGGGGAUUUAUUCUGUUGAUGAAGGGGAUGGGAAUUUAUUCUAUUGAUGAAGGGGAUGAGGAUUGAUUUAUUGGUGCGGAGGUGGGGAUUUAUUGUAUUGAUGAAGGGGGUGGGGAUUUAUUGUAUUGAUGAAGGGGGUGGGGAUUGAUUUAUUGGUGCGGAGGUGGGGAUUUAUUGUAUUGGUGAAGAGGGUGAGGAUUUAUUUUAUUGGUGAGAGGGUGUGUAUUUUAUUGGUUAAGGGGUGGGGAUUUAGUUUGUUGAUGAAGGGGCUUGGGAUGAUCCCUCAUUUUGCUUUUUUCUCUAAAUCUUACUACCGUUAUCCACUCACUGGAUAAAUUAAUUAAAUCAAUAUUCACUUUGAAAAUUUUUAUCAACCUUGUGUGAUUUUGAAUGUUUUGGUUAUAUUUGAACGGUUUGAUUGGAAAUCUUUAUGUAUAUAUAUUGAAAAAUAAGCCAGGUUCAAAUAGACUAAUGAUAUUUUCUACCUUAGAUGAAUAUAAAUAUCUGAACGUGUGUUAAUACUAUUUAUUCAGUGAAGACAAAUUACCAAUAAGUAAUAAACGUGAAUGUUAAGACUAGGACAGUAUUUCUUAUAUUUUAAUAUUAAAUGCGUUUUUAAACAAA